UCCUUCCCUUCUAUAUAUAGAACAACCCUUCUCCGUUUUCAAUCCCACACAACACUCUCUCUUUUCCCUAAACAUUAUCCAAAUUCUCUUCUUUGCUUUCUUUCUUUGUUUUCACCAUGGUUUCUGCAGAUGCCAUUCGCACAAUUCUUGGAAUCAUUGGAAAUGUCAUCUCUCUCUUCUUGUUCCUCUCCCCUGUACCGACGUUUAUUCAAAUAUGGAAGAAGGGAUCAGUGGAGCAGUACUCGCCUGUACCAUAUUUGGCGACGCUGAUAAACUGCAUGGUGUGGACGUUGUACGGGCUACCAAUGGUGCAUCCGGGUAGCUUGCUUGUCGUGACGAUCAAUGGCACUGGGGUCGCCAUCGAGCUCGUGUACAUUAUUUUGUUCUUGAUUUAUGCCGAUGGGAAGAAGAAGCGGUUGAAAGUGUUGCUGAUGAUGCUGGUUGAGAUCAUCUUCGUGGCGCUCUUAGCCCUUUUGGUCCUCACCUUGGCUCAUACCUAUAGUCGUCGCUCCGCCAUCGUUGGCACUGUUUGUAUACUCUUUAACAUCAUGAUGUAUGCUUCACCCUUGACCAUCAUGAAACUGGUGAUUAAGACAAAAAGCGUGGAAUAUAUGCCGUUUUUUCUAUCCUUUGCUUCAUUAGCCAACGGCGUCGUUUGGACUGCUUACGCUUGCAUCCGUUUCGACCCCUUCAUCACAGUCCCCAACGGCCUCGGGACAUUGUCGUCCCUCCUUCAGCUUCUUCUCUACGCCACCUUUUAUAAAUCUACUCAGCGCCAAAUCGCUGAAAGAAAAGCCCAAAUUCAUCUCUCUGAAGUCGUCGUCAACGGCGGCUCUCUGCCGGACAAGACCACCGCUAUCGGCGGAGCUGCAACCACCCCUGUUUCAGGCACGACGGCCACCAACAAGGCUUGAUCGACAUUCGGCCGACGGACGGCGGAACCCAAUUCAUAAUUGGAAAAAAAAAUGGAAAAAGAACUUUUUUGUUCAUGAUUUUGGGAAUUACAUGGUUUUUGAAUAAACCUAAUUGUUAUUAUUAUUUACUUAAAACAAAAGGUAUUAAUGAUAAUAAUAAUAAUUAUGGUUUUGGUUGGGUCUCUUUUUUUCUUUUUUGG